GCGGCGGCGGCGAAACAGCGGGGGCCGGUUCGGGGUGGACCAUGUAUUUCCUGAGCGGCUGGCCCAAGAGGCUGCUGUGCCCCAUGGGGAGCCUGGCGGAGCCUCCCUUUCACAUCCAGACCGACUCCCAGAGAACCUUCUUCGCCGUGCUGGCCCCGGCCCACCUCAGCAUCUGGUACAGCCGACCUAGCGUGUUAAUCGUAACCUACAAGGAACUGGCAAAAUCAUCUACUCAAUUUGGAUCCUACAAGCAAGUUGAAUGGAGGCCAGAUAGUACCAUGAUAGCUGUAUCAACAGCAAAUGGCUACAUCUUAUUUUUUCAUAUUGCAUCAGCAAGAGGAGAAAAGUACCUUUAUGAGCCUGUAUAUCCCAAAGGAAGUCCACAAGUAAAGGGAACACCUCAUUUUAAGGAAGAACAAUAUGCUCCAUCAUUGCAUUUGGAGAUGAAAAAAGUACUGGAUUUACAAGCACCUAUCAUUAGUUUGCAGUCAAUGCUAGAGGAUCUUCUGGUUGCUACAUCUGAUGGGCUGCUUCAUCUUAUUCACUGGGAAGGGAUGACAAAUGGAAGGAAAGCCAUCAAUCUCUGUACGGUACCAUUUUCGGUAGACUUGCAGUCGUCUCGAGCAGGUUCAUUCUUGGGCUUUGAAGAUGUGCACGUCAAAGAUAUGGAAUAUUGUGCUACACUUGAUGGAUUUGCUGUUGUAUUUAAUGAUGGUAGAGUUGGAUUCAUUACACCAAUGUCCAGCAAAUUUACUGCUGAGCAGCUCCGUGGUGUUUGGGCACAAGAUGUUGUGGAUGGAACUUGCGUAGCAGUAAAUAACAAAUACAGACUCAUGGCAUUUGGUUGUGCUAGUGGAUCUGUGCAAGUUUACACAAUAGAUAACACCACUGGAGCCAUGCAGCUGUCUCACAAAUUGGAGCUAACACCAAAACAAUAUCCUGAUAUUUGGAACAAAACGGGAGCUGUUAAAUUGAUCAGGUGGUCUCCUGAUAACAGUGUUGUAAUGGUGACUUGGGAACAUGGAGGCCUUUCUUUAUGGAGUGUGUUUGGUGCCCAGCUGAUUUGUACUCUUGGAGGAGAUUUUGCUUACCGGUCAGAUGGUACUAAGAAAGAACCUCUUAAGAUCAGCUCUAUGAGUUGGGGUGCAGAAGGUUAUCACCUGUGGGUAGUUAGUGGAUUUGGUUCUCAAAAUGCCAAUGUUGAGUCUGACAUCAAGAGUUCAGCUAAUCAGCCUGGCAUUCUACAAUUUCAGUUCAUCAAGAGUGCACUCACUGUUAACCCUUGUAUGAGUAACCAGGAGCAGGUGCUACUUCAGGGAGAGGAUCGCUUGUAUUUGAAUUGUGGAGAUGCCUCACAAGCCCAGAAUCCUAGAAACUCAUCAGCACACUCUGAACAUAAGCCCAUUCGGGAAAAGAGUCCAUUUUCAGAUGGAAGUUUAGAUUCUCAGGGUUUAAGCACUUUACUUGGACACCGACAUUGGCACGUUGUACAGAUUUCCAGCACUUAUCUGGAGAGCAAUUGGCCUAUAAGGUUUUCGGCGAUUGAUAAGCUGGGACAAAAUGUUGCUGUCGUUGGCAAGUUUGGUUUUGCACAUUAUUCAUUACUCACCAAAAAAUGGAAGCUCUUUGGAAACAUUACCCAGGAGCAAAAUAUGAUUGUGACAGGUGGCUUAGCCUGGUGGAAUGACUUUAUUGUCCUGGCAUGUUAUAAUUUAAAUGACCACCAAGAAGAGCUAAGGGUUUACUUGCGAACAUCCAAUCUGGACAACGCUUUUGCUCAUGUCACCAAAGUUCAAGCAGAAACAUUACUGCUUAGUGUUUUCCGGGACAUGGUAAUAUUAUUUAGAGCUGACUGUUCUAUAUGUCUUUACAGUAUUGAAAGAAAAACUGAUGGUGUAAAUACUACUGCCAGUAUUCAGGUUCUCCAGGAGGUCUCCAUGUCUCGCUACAUUCCUCAUCCUUUCCUAGUUGUAUCUGUGACUCUGACAUCAGUGAGAACAGAAACUGGGAUUACUUUGAAAAUGCCACAUCAGGCCUGUGAUGCAGAAAGCAUCAUGCUAAAUUUGGCAGGACAGCUCAUCAUGAUGCAGAGGGACCGAUCUGGCCCUCAAAUCCGGGAGAAGGACAAUAGCCCUAACCAAAGGAAACUUCUGCCAUUCUGUCCUCCUGUUGUACUAGCCCAAUCUGUUGAAAAUGUCUGGACAACCUGUCGAGCCAAUAAACAAAAACGCCAUCUUCUGGAGGCGCUCUGGCUGAGCUGCGGUGGGGCAGGAAUGAAAGUAUGGCUUCCUCUUUUUCCUCGAGAUCAUCGAAAACCACAUUCCUUCCUGUCCCGACGAAUCAUGCUGCCUUUCCACAUCAACAUUUAUCCCCUGGCUGUCCUGUUUGAAGAUGCAUUGGUCCUUGGUGCUGUCAAUGACACUUUGCUCUAUGACUGUUUGUAUACCCGUGGCAAUGCUAAGGAACAGUUAGAGGUACUUUUUCCUUUCUGUGUUGUGGAGAGGACCUCUCAGAUCUACCUCCAUCACAUUCUGCGCCAGCUUUUGGUCAGGAACCUUGGUGAACAAGCCUUGCUUUUGGCCCAGUCUUGUGCCACGUUACCUUACUUCCCUCACGUGCUGGAACUGAUGCUCCACGAAGUGUUGGAAGAAGAAGCUACCUCACGGGAGCCCAUUCCCGACCCUUUGCUUCCCACUGUAGCGAAGUUCAUCACGGAGUUCCCCCUCUUCCUGCAGACAGUUGUUCAUUGUGCCAGGAAGACUGAGUAUGCCCUGUGGAAUUACCUUUUUGCAGCCGUUGGGAACCCUAAGGAUUUGUUUGAGGAAUGUUUGAUGGCACAGGAUUUGGAUACAGCUGCCUCAUACCUAAUUAUCUUACAGAAUAUGGAAGUCCCAGCGGUGAGCAGGCAACAUGCCACUCUUCUCUUCAACACUGCUUUGGAACAAGGAAAGUGGGACCUCUGUCGACACAUGAUUCGAUUUCUUAAAGCCAUUGGCUCUGGAGAAUCUGAGACACCUCCACCAACACCUACUACUCAGGAACCCAGUUCAGGUGGUGGAUUUGAGUUCUUCAGGAACCGAAGCAUCAGUUUGUCACAGUCAGCUGAAACCUUGCCUGCUAGCAAGUUGAAUUUGCAGAAAACCCUCAGUAUGCCUUCUGGUCCUUCUGGGAAAAGGUGGAGCAAGGACAGUGACUCUGCUGAAAACAUGUACAUUGACAUGAUGCUCUGGAGACACGCUCGGCGCCUCUUGGAAGAAGUUCGGCUGAAAGACCUCGGCUGCUUUGCUGCCCAGUUAGGCUUUGAACUGAUUGGCUGGCUGUGUAAGGAGCGCACCAGAGCUGCUCGAGUGGAAGAUUUUGUAAUUGCUCUGAAGAGACUUCACAGGGAUUUCCUUUGGCCAUUCCCAGUCAUCCCCAUUUCUUCCAUCAGUUCACCAUUCAAGAACGGAAAAUACCGAAUAGGAGGGGGAGAACAAUUAUUAAAGUCUCAGUCAGCUGACCCUUUUUUAAACCUUGAAACGGAUACUGGAGUGCCUAGUGUCCCAAGAAGUCAGAGUUGGCUUGGCAGCAUUGGUUCCACCCACCAGGAAAUAGAUACAGCCUCAUCCCAUGGACCACAAACACAAGAUGCCUUCCUGUCACCUUUAUUAAAUAAAGGGGAUGAAUGCAGUAUUGGUUCAGCCACAGACCUAACUGAAACCAGCUCUAUGGUGGAUGGUGACUGGAUGAUGGUGGAUGAAAAUUUCUCUACUCUAAGCUUAACACAAUCAGAGCUAGAACACAUCUCUAUGGAGUUGGCCAGUAAAGGGCCACAUAAAUCCCAGGUCCAGCUCCGGUAUUUGCUGCAUAUCUUCAUGGAGGCAGGAUGUCUGGACUGGUGCGUUGUUAUAGGCCUUAUUCUUCGAGAACCUUCUAUAAUUAAUCAGGUGUUUGGUCUGACACAAUCUUCAGAAGUAGAUGGAGAGAUGUUACAGAACAUAAAAACUGGGCUACAUGCUGUAGACAGAUGGGCUUCUACAGAUUGCCCUGGAUACAAGCCAUUUUUAAAUGUCAUUAAGCCACAACUCCAGAGACUAAGCGAUAUCACAGAAGAGCAGAUCCAGCCUGAAGCCUUUCAGCCAACAAACAAGGUUCCUGAACAGGCUGCCAGCCCCAGAGCUGAGGAGAGCAGAAAUUCUGCUUGCUACAGCAGCAGCCCUCCAGGUGAGGCUGCCAACAGCAGUGCUGCAAGCUGGACUGAAGGCCCCAUGGCUGGAUCCCAGGAAGAAGAACCUUUUCAGGAUGGGACCUAUGACUGUACAAUCUCCUAACAGAAGUGGUCUUCUGUCACCAUGGGCAGUAUUAACAGAGUGCAACUGAGUGCACUGUGAACAAGUCAGAUGAUUUAAAGGGGAGAGAUCUGUUCAAACUACUUUUUAACUCAAAAGAAAUUUGUUUGAAUCCAUGAACAAUGUGACUUCAAAUAAAUGUUCUUUCAUUAAAAAAAUGUUUUUUAAGCUGCAAAGUAAUAAAGAUUAUUGUACAGAUGUACAUGAGAAUAUCUGGUUUUAUUUUUAAGAGUUUAGAACUGUUAAUAAACCAUAGGGAUGGUUCUCCAACAGCCUAAGCUUGUUCUCUCUGUUCUUGCAGCAGGUGGUUGUUUCCAAAACCACUCAGUGUCCUCCGUUACAUCAGCUGUCUGUGAAUUUGGCUACCUAAUACACUUUGUGUAGGACCAUACUCAAGUGAAUUAUGUGCCAGAGCUCAUGAAGACCCCACAAAUGGCUUGAAACUAGUAUAUUCAACCCAAGAACUGGAACUAACUCAAGUUCCUUCUUAAAAGUUUUACACCUGUUUUGCCUAGUUGCAGGCUGACAAGUUGGGAUCUAAAGGGUACUGAUGAAUUAUGCUGUUGGAUACCACAAAAAUAUUUUGUACUAAAAAAGUGUAUCUUUCUCUUUGUGAAUAGUCUUAUUUGUAAAUAUUCUCAAAGGAGCUGCUUCUCUGCUUGAGGCUUUGUAUCAUAGUUUGUAAGGUUUUAAUUACUCUGUACUCGUGAUAUGCAGAAAGGGCACUCUGCUUUGGAUUAAACAGUCUCUCUCUAAUGGACAUGGCAAUACGAGAGCCUGGAAACCUUGAUCAUGAAGACAGACAAUGAGGAAAGGCUUUAUGCAAAUUUGUUGGGGCUCUUAUUUAUUGCUUUUGUAAAUGGAUUAAAAAUGGAUUUUCUUUUUGUAAA